CUCAAACUUAGAAGAACUAUUCAUUUAUCCCAAUGAGCUAUUCUAUUUGACGAUCCAACCAUGACCUCAUCGCCGCCGUUAGCCGGCGGGCAAGUUCCUCCGCCGCCGCCGCCGCCGCCGAUCCACCAGAGCGACGCCGACGAGGAUGACGAGAACGUGAAGCAGCUCCGAGAGUGCUCUUCUCUGUACCUUUCGUUGCAGGAUUGUCUUGUCAACCACGACAGAAACUGGAAAUCGUGUCAAAAAGAAGUGCAAGCUCUCAAGGCGUGCAAUGAGAAGAGGAGUGGCAGAGGAAGGAAAUGAAGAUUCGAGUGAGGUUGGACAUUGAAGCGCUCCGCUUGCUUUUGUAUUCUAAAGGGCUAAGAAAUACUGACUACUGAAUUGUGAACUGUGGGAUUAGCAAGAUUUUGUUUAUCUUGUAUUGAUUGACCUUCAGGAAGCAGAAAGUUGACCUUGUUUUUUGGGAAUUCUUCCUGUAUUGGAUGUUUAUGAGAGAAGUUAGUUAAUUUGAUUC